CCGCCCCCUCCGGGACUUCCGCUUCCGGUUCUGACGGACGCUUCGGCCGUAACGAUGAUCGGGGACAUCCUGCUGUUCGGGACGCUGCUGAUGAACGCAGGGGCGGUGCUCAACUUUAAGCUGAAAAAGAAGGACACGCAGGGCUUUGGGGAGGAGUCAAGGGAGCCAAGCACAGGUGACAACAUCCGGGAGUUCUUACUGAGCCUCAGAUACUUCCGAAUCUUCAUCGCCCUGUGGAAUGUCUUCAUGAUGUUCUGCAUGAUCGUGCUGUUUGGCUCCUGAGCGCCAGAUACACACCUUCCUGGGAACCAGGAACCAGGAACCACCUUCCCAGAUGCCGAGUCUCCCUUCCUCUGUUCCUGACGACUUCAAGAAUGGUUUUGACCGGAAAACCAGUGACCUUCCCAGAAAGCCCAAGUUCUUGGUGGGUGGAAAAAAUGUUUGCCAAGCUGCACACGGCUUCCCAGCCACGUCAUUGUUUUCUUUUCAAAGAUAUUUUCACUUUGGUCUCUGCGUUGAAAUGCUGUCUACUUAAGGAGUUUUAGGAGGGCUUAUGGAAGGGGAUGUGAUAACAUUGCAUUCCUCACAGACAAAAGAACGUGUCUUGAUUGUUUUUUUAGAUUGAAAUUCCUCUUCUACCAGCCUUCUACGAGAAACUCAUUUCUGGAUGUUUCUUGCUUUAUUUUUAAUAACCAUCCUUUUUGGUUCCAGUUAUACAGAUUUUUCAAAAUAAUUUUUAUCCAGGGAUCUGAAACAGAAAGGUUGGCUUUUAAGAUUGAUGCAGCCUCUUUAUUGGACUAUGUUUAGGAAUAACAAGCGGGUUCAUUGUUUCUGGGCCUAUGUCCAGAUUCCUUUCCUGUCUCAAUGGGCUCUGCUUGGCCACUGAGUGUCACUGAGGUCAUCCCCAGGACUUUAAGGGUAAAGUAUUACUGAUUCCCAUGGAAGAGAGGUACAGAACACUUGGCAGGCACAGAUGUGGGUUUUAGGAGAAACUUUGCCCUGCCUUAAAGCCCUUCUGUUAAAGUAACUCUUGGGGCCACUAAUUGUAUAGUUUCUGGAAUGAGAGUGACAUACGUGGUAAUACUGGGACCCAGUUCUGAAAGCUUGAAACUUGGGGUCUUCUUUUCAAGUGAGUGAUUUCAAGAUUGAAGAGCAGUGAACCUCAUUCGAGGAAAUACAGCAUUUUGGACAGAAGCUUCUUUGAAAGGCAGGUCCUUUAGCGCCAAAAUGAAAUGCCGGUGGUCGACAUCCAGACCCUACAGUGUUUCAUUUGUUUGUUGUGGUUUUUGAAAUCCUGAUUUGUAGGUAAACCUGGUGGGAGGAAAAAGUAAAUCUACAGACUUUCAGAACUCAGCAUUGAAAAUAAAACUUAUUUCUAAAAAGGA